UCCAAAUGAGCCGCCGCAUCGUGUCACUCGGCCCGCACAGGUCGCCGCAUCACGUUGACGAUGACCAGUGGGACGAGGACUCAUGCAACGAUGGCGCCAGCCACAUGUCGGAGUCCACCGAGCAGCAGCACGAAACGAAAUGUAUCGAAGGGAUGCAUCUGCUCAUUCCGGGGAUGAAUGGUGGUCCUUGUGGAUGGGUUGAUGCAGGCGAGUUAUCCAUAGUGGAGGCCGUUGAGGCCGGAGCCUUCCGCUCGCCCAACAGCCAGAAACACCGCCCUCUCAACACCACGGAGGCCGACUGCCGCCAAUCGUUCAUCGCCCGGAUGGGUUCGAGGCUGGGGUGGACGCGCGCGAGCGAGGCAACGUUUGAGCAGACGGGCCCUCAGCAGGUGAUGGUGUGCGUGCCGGCUGGCAUCACCCUCAUCGUCACACAAGGAGAUGAUGGGGGGUGGGGUUGGCCGGUGUCCGAUGUGCGCAUCCGGGACGAGUGCCACCACUGGGACGGGAGAAGGUCCAAGAAGAUGAAGAGUACGACCUUCACUAAGGCGGGGCUGCGGGAGAUGCGGGACAAGCAGAUGGAGGUUGAGCUGUGGAAACAGGCCCAGAAGCAAGGUGGCUGGCUGGGUGGCGGAUGUAUAUGCACUGUGGCACUCAUUGCGUGUGCGGAUGUGUGGGGCGGGCAUGCAGGCGUGCCGUAUCGUGGGCGUCGUCGGUCGGCCAGGGUCGCCACGGCUGUGAUCCGCAAGUCGCGUAAGCAAGCCAGAAACGUGCAAUGCAGAUGUGUCGGGUCGUUCCUUCUGCCGGUCAGUGUCAGACUCGGUGGAAGAGGAGGAGAACAUCGUGAUGAGCGACGAACACGACACAGAGUACCCCCCGCCAAGAAAGCGCACCAGCAAGGGUACGGUGACCCACACGCACGGGCGCACCACACACAUACAUGCACACAGGUGAAUCCCUCCUCUCUCCGCCCACACAGGACGUGGCAGAAGCGUGGCCGCUCAUGGCCACAAGCGUGCCCGUGCGGCCGCCCGCUCCCCUAGCAGGUCUCGCAUCAAGGUCACGAAGCCGCCCGCCAGCACAGUGGCGAAGAAGUCUGGGGGCUUCACUGAUGGUCAGAAUAACACACAGACAUCCACACACAUGAAAGAAUGGAUGGAUGGAUGGAUGUCGUUCAGGUUUGGUUGGUCAGAGUUGGGUUGUCAGCGGCAAGGAGGGGCUGAAUCGCUCGCAGAUGAUGGGCAGAGGUAACUAAGUGACCUUGUAUCUGACAGGCCCGUGGGUGCAUUAAGAGAGCUCUAUGUGUGAUGUCUGUCAGUUGGUGGACUCACAUUUGGAGAGGCUGCCGGUGUAUCGACUUCGUCGCACCACCAGCAGCCGCAUCCCGGUAGAGAAGGAAGAGUACUGACGCACACACGCACGCCAGAGAGGACAGAGUAGCGUCUGUCGAUCGGUUGGUCGGGUCGGGUGUGUGUCUGCAGGCAUGAUGGGCUACGACGGCAAGAUCGACCUCACCCACUGCUCGCCAUCGGCUGGACGUAACACACGCCUACAUCAAACAGGCACACAGCAUUCAUUCGCGUGCUCUCUGGCCUGCAGGUGACGGCUUUGGUGUGGCGGCCCCGCCGCCGGUCCCGGUGCCAUUCAACCUUCCCCAGCUGAUCCAGAUGCAGCCAUCCACAAGCGGUGCGUAUCGGCGGCUGACCAACACACAGACACACACACACACGCAUUCCAUUGCGCGUCUGUCAGGCGCUCCGCCGCUCAUUUCGGCCUCGAGACCUGUGGCUGAUGACGACCACCACCCACAGCAGCAGAAUGGCGUGUCAAGCUCUAAGAGUGACGGCCAGGUGUCGACUGAUGGCGAUGAGCAGCGGUCGGCCACACCGCCCGUGUCGCCAUCUGACGACGGCAUGGCCAAGGGGCAGGUUGAGGGUGGGGGAGUCGGGAAUGUGCAAUAGGUGAUCCGUUGUGCGGUGGAUAGCAUAGCUGACGAUAGAUGGGCGACUAACUGCGUUCACUCCAAUGGACUGUGUUUUGGGGCGCUUGUGUGUGUGUGAGUGCGUGUGGGUGGGGGG